AAUGUGAUCGCAAUCAGCCUACACCCGAUUGAUACCAGAUCAGAUCUGUUUGGUGCUUCGUUCGAUAGCAAAGGCGGUCUCCGGUGGACUGUACCGGUGGUACUGCAGCACUGUCAUCUGGACGAGGACGACGUUUUUCUUCAACUGUGACCAGCGGUUUCUUACAGAAAGAAGUUCAUUUUUCGCGGACCACACUGUCAGAAAUGAGUCAAGGCCAGAGUCAAGUUCCUACUGGUCAGGACCAGGAUGAGGUCACUGGGAUGGUGUGCCUGGAGUCUGACCUACAAGAUGGACAGAUGAAAGAAGUGGAGGUAGAGGAGCAGAAGAUUCUUUUGAUCCGUACCCAGGGACAGUACAGUGCAGUGGGGAGCAAAUGUUCCCAUUAUGGUGCUCCUCUCAUCAAAGGAGCCUUGUUCGGGGACAGAGUGAGGUGUCCCUUUCAUGGCGCCUGCUAUAACGUCAAGACUGGAGAUAUUGAGGAGUAUCCUGGCCUGGACUGUUUGCCCACUUAUAAGGUCAAAGUUGAAGAUGGUGAAGUUUAUGUGUCAGUUAAUAAAAAGUCUCUGAAUGUGUACAAGCGGGUAAAGGAGAUGAGCUGCAGAGUGCCUGGGGUCAACCACAUCAUCCUGCUGAUAGGAGGAGGACCUGCCUCUUUGCUGUGUGCUGAAACUCUGCGACAAAACCACUAUGAAGGUCGAAUCAUCAUAGUGACCAAGGACACCCUGCCACCUAUUGACAAACCCAAGCUAAGCAAGGCAAUGCAUCUGGAUAGUGCUAGCCUCCUCCUUCGACCAAUGGACUUCUUCCAGCAGCAUGACAUAGAGCUGUGGACACAAAAGAAGGUUGUAUCUGUGAACCCCGUGGAGAAGACAGUGAAAAUGAAUGACUGCUCAGUGCAGCAAUAUAACCAGCUGCUCAUAUCAACAGGCUGCCGGGCAAGGCCUUUGAGCUGUCCGGGCUCUGAACUGGAAGGAGUUAGGAUCCUGCAGAACUACCAGGAUGCCAAACAGAUUCACCAAUCCUGUGUAGGACAGAAAGCCCUGGUUGUUGGAGCAUCCUUCAUAGGUAUGGAAGUGGCAUCCUACUUGGCAGACAAAGCAGCUAGUGUGAUGUUGAUUGGCAACAGCUCAUAUCCUUUCCAGAGGUCCUUGGGUUCUGAAAUUGGGAAGAUGACAAUGCAGAUGUUGGAAGAAAACAAAGUUACGUUUUACAUGAAUGAUGAAGUAGUUGAGAUCCGUGGCCAGAAUGGCAAGGUUAAAGAGGUUGUUUUGAAGAGUGGUGCAGUUUUGAAAACAGAUGUGGUGAUAGCAGGGAUUGGUGUCAUCCCUAACUCAGACUUCUUAAAGGGAAGUUCGGUCGAGGUGGAUUCUAGAAAGGCUGUCAUCAUUGAUAAGUUCAUGAGGACCAACAUUCCAGAUGUGUUUGGAGCAGGAGACGUGACAUCCUUCCCCCUCGCCCUGCGGAAAGACCAGCGGGUCAACAUUGGUCACUGGCAGCUGGCAUCUGCCCACGGAAGAGUUGCAGCCCUAAAUAUGUUGCAGAAGCAGACAGAAAUAGUUUCUGUGCCUUUCUUCUGGACAGUGCUUUUAGGAAAGAGUAUCCGCUACACAGGGUAUGCCGAAGGAUACACAGAGAUUAUAUACAAAGGCAAAGUUGAGGAGAGGAAGUUCCUAGCAUUUUAUAUAAAAGAUGAUCAGGUGGUGGCAGCAGCCAGCUUGAUGUUCGAUCCUGCUGUCGCCCGAGUGGCAGAGAUUAUGUCCAAUGGACAGGUCAUAACCAAGGCACAGGCACAAUCUGAUGACCUUAGUUGGUUGCAAAUGUAAACCUUCCUGUGAGACUUGACCGUCAACGCCUGGUGUAACGGGGCGCACUUUAACCCCCAGAUUAAGAGUCAUUUGUGUGUUUUCUGUAUUGUUACUAAAAUGAUUAUUGCCUUUAUCUGCACACUCCUAGAAUCUCAAAUAUUCUUACUGUUCUUAAUACUAGCCUUUUUCUGUGGGAUUUUAUUGAAUCAAAAGAUUUAUUUGUUUUAUUUAAAUCAAACCUGAUGUCUUGAGCUCUGAUGUUUCUCAGGUAGUCCUGAUAUAUUUGGUGUUAUUGUUUUUUAGACAAAUGCUAGGACUGUUUCAAAACUUUUGAUCUCUAGCAUACUCUUUGUUGAAUGAAAUCGUUAGGGUUUUCAUUACAUCUCUCUGCAUCUGUUUUUCUGUUUUCAUAUCUAAAACAAGAAAGUUAGUUAUAACAUUUUUUUAUUACCUAUUCAUGUUUGCACUGGCAUAGAAUCGAUUAUCAUGCGUUUUCUAUCAAGAGUUUGAGGGAAGUCUGAAAAUAUAUUUGCUGAAAUAUAUCCUGAAAGAAAAUAUUUGUUGACUUGGGCUUACUUGACUACCAUUGUGUUCUGUGUUAUCAUACAACAGUAGAAAGCAGCAAAUCAACUGAUUAUUACCCAGAAGUUAAAAUGUUUGUGUGUAUCUUGGAGUGUUAAGUUCAGGUAACAUGUAGCAAGAAUAACAUGCAUAGGUAAAAUUCAAGGAAGUUCAUAUGUAUCCUAGAGGAAAUCAUGAAUGAAAGCUAUUCAAUAGAUUUUGGUUGUUCCUUCUUUCUCCAACCAAUAUUUUAUCACUGAAUUCGCCACUGUACAUUGGUAGGCUGAUUCAGAAUUAGUACUAAUUUCAUGGAUCCAAGAUCCAAAGGCAAAACUGAUGGAAGUUGAUUAUAUUGGGUCUUUACUUUUUUCAGUUUUUUUUGUUUUUUUGUUAUUUUAUUUUUUAUUUAUGGAAAUAAUACAGAGAAAACACUACGUGAUCAUAGUAAAAGUUACUGUGUGAUUGAU